AUGAAGUGUUCUCUGCUCUUCGCUCUUCUGCUGCUGCUGUUGCUGCGCCUUCUGCCUUGUGGCGAGACCCAGAGCACGGCCCCUGCUCCCACCGAAGACCCCUUGAUGCUGAACGAGACCAAUGGAUCGAUGUGCGCCCAGUGGCUGUACGGGUCCGAGCCGCCAGUGGUGGAAGCUUUCCAGUGCGCGGGGCAACCCGACGGCGCCGAAGUCAAGUUCUGCUGCGGGACCUGCGAUCAGAUGCGCAAUUGCUCCUUCGAAGAGCUCGCCAAGGGCUCCCCAGCGCGCCCCACCGACGGCGGACCACAGCAGUGCCCUGCUUCGCCUCCAGUGACCCGUAAGGCGACCACCUCUCUUUCUAUCUCUUAGUACCUUGGGUGAACACUACCUGCGCGCUGCCCCUAAUUCUGCAUGCGACCCUGCCGUCCUCUCUCUUUUAGACGUAGGUUCCCCGCUCCCCAGCUGGUUCCCAUUUCCUUCUAUUUCUGUUCGUCCCGCUCUUUAACUUGCGGUGAUGCGCAGAAGACUCUGGGUUGCCGCCGUCGGACUAGCUUGCUGACGGGCAUGCAAGUAGCUCCGAAAGAGUUUGGCAAGAUUUGUACACGGGGUGGGGAGUGGGCAACUUUCCCGAAAAAGUCCGGAGUGUCCUGCUUUCUAGGCUGCUCCCGUAUAGGAACGUUUGUCCCAGGGAGUCUUCUCAGAUGAGUGUAGUAAGACUUCGGUUACUAUGAAACACUUUCCUUUCCUUGAGAAUAUUAGCAUAUUUAUCUUGGUACCUGAAGAAGGAGGGGAAGGUAGUUCCUGUACUCAGUAUGCGGUGGACUUUAUUUCUUGGCGUAUUGACUCCUGAAGAAUGGCUUCAGUUUGAGAUACUUUACCUUAGGAUGCUAGCCAUAUCCGCGCUCCUCCUAGUUUUGGAAUUCAAAAUCCCCUGCUCCAUUCCUGGGGUGUCCAGUUUGUCCCGUUGAGCCGAACUCUCGAGCAAAUGGGUAGCAGAACAAGCACUAAUCACAGUCUUUCUUCUGUUUCAGAGUUGGAGAGGGUGACUUUGUUUACCGGAGGAGUUGCUGCUAGCUUGGUAUUCUACUUGGCUGUUUACCGUACUUACAAGAUAUUCUGGCGUAGAAAGCGAUCCACCCGCGAAGCACAGGAAGGGAUCGAGCUAGAGGUCACCCCUUCUGAUAGAUCCCAUGACUCCUCCGACCGCUCCAGCACAUUGGCUGCACCGUCGCCUGCUGGUGCAGAGGGUCUUCAGAGUGUCCGUGGCGCUCCUGCUGCUGCAUCUGGCAGCCCACCGAGUGUGCAGCCCCAAGCUAGGGGCUCUGAGAAUGUGACCAUCAUGUGGUAUCCAACAGGAUUUGUCCCACUCCGAAUUGGCCCUCCUUCUGCCUCACAGCCAAACCAGGGUGGCAAAAAAACCCCGGCUAGGUCAGAGAAGAAGUAG